CUUCCCUGUUCCUGCUCCUCCCUCUUCCAUGAUGGCAGCCAUGGGACAGAGAUGAGCGACGACACCGAUUUUGGAGUUUUGGCUUGAAAUGGGAGUAGGCUGUGUAGCUGUUCUAUGCAUGGCUUUGACUUGACAUUGCUGUAAUUUAUCCACACUAAUGCGUCGUCCUAUGAAGACAGCGAAGACAUUCAGAAAUAUCAUGAUUUCCAGUGGGCUAAGCUAGCAAGCUAGUGUUAGCACAUUAAUGAACUUGUCUGUUCUGCCGCACAAGAAGAAAGCAGCUGCUCUGCAAACGGUGUUCUGACAUCCUGCAAGCUUCUUUUCACCAUGGCCAUCACUCAGUUCCGCCUUUUUAAGAUCUGCACAUGUCUUGCCAGUUUGCUUUCUUUCUUUAAAAGGUUGAUAUGCAGGACUGGAAGGGGCCGUAAGCUCAGUGGCGAUCAAAUAACUCUCCCGACAACAGUAGAUUUUUCGUCAUCGGUACCAAAACAGCCAGAGAUUGAGGAAUGGAGCUCUUGGGAUGAAGAGGCUCCUACUAGUAUUAAGAUCGAAGGAGGCAACGGGAACGUCUCCCCUCCGCCCAACGAGGUCAACGAAGAGCCCGAUUACUUCAAGGACAUGGCUCCAACCAUCAGGAAAACACAAAAGAUCGUGCUGAAGAAAAGGGAGCCUUUGAACUACCUGGUGCCUGAUGGCUCAGCAGGAUUCUCCAGCAGACUGGCUGCUUCUCAGGACAUGAUGUCCUUCAGUCCUCCCUCUGCUGAACUGGGAGAGAUGGACAACUGGCAGGAGGACACAAACGCCUGGGAGGAAGAGUCUGACGCUGCCUGGGAGGCGGAGGAGGUGCUCAGACAACAGAAACUGGCCGAGAGAGAAAAGCGAUCUUUGGAGCAGCAGAGGAAGAAGAUGGAGAAAGAGGUUCAGAGGAUGAUGAAGAAGGAGCAGAAGAUCGCAGUCAAGCUCUCGUAACAUUUUUACAAAGGCUCAGGUUUGAGCUAAAGGGACGGGGGCACAGACACUGAAUCAGCCGUUACUCGAUCUUAAACCCGUCCGACCGACCAGGAUCAUCCCCGUACACUACUGAUCUGUUCGACAACUGUCCUCUCUCUCCACCAUGUUUCCACCAGCAGCCAUUUUAGUCUCUUUUCUAGCUGCAUCAGUGUAAAAUACAUCGUUCCUGAGGGCAGACGAGGUCAUUUCGACCCGUAACAGAAAGUAGAGUCUAUUUGAAGUAAUUUAUCUGAAACAGCGACACAUCAUAUAGAUUCAGAUUUAACCCAUAAAGACCCAGGGCCACUUUUAGGGCUCUAUUUUUCUAUUUAACCUUUCUUUAUCACCACUUAUUAUCAUAUUAUCCUCUGUAUUUUGCGUUUUUUCGGUGAAAAUCUGGUAUUUUCCCAUAUUUAAUUUACUGACCAUGUAGAUCAGGGGUCUGUCACCCUAUGGCUCCAGGGCCAAACGUGGCUCUUUAGCCUCUCUUUGUGGCUCCCCUUGCCAAAAAACGUAAGGAGCAUUUAGAAAUUAUAUGAAUUAAUCGUUACUUGUCAACAUUGUUACAGACUUAAAUCAAUUCUAACAGUGUCCAUCUGCAAAAAUGUGCAGGCUGUACACAGAAUAAAAUAAUUUUUCGACAGUGUAUAAACAAAAAUGAAUGAAUGAAUGAAUGAAUGAAU